GGUGCACCGAGACCAGGGACUUCCGGAAAGCGUGUGUCUCGUAGAGCCAAUCUGCUGGCACCGCAUUGGAAGUAUAGCUGGUUAGGAGGAAGAUGGUGGCGACCAGGCGGGGAACGCGUGUGCAUUGCCAGGAGGAGAGUGAGGAGAGCGGCGCAGAGGUGGAGCAGACCACGAUGGGAGAUGUUAAACAGAUUGUGACCCGAAGUAGACGAAGUAGUGGGCAGUCAAAUGCUGAUGUUUCUGAAGCGGAAUCUACUUCUUCCAAUCCUACCACAAGAAUAACUCGCAGUAGGCAAAGCCUCGGGCACUUGGCAAACUCGCCCAGGAGCUUAAGAAGUCGUCAAUCCACUUUGAUAACCGAACCAAUUAUUGAGUCCAUAGAAGGGGAACUAUCAGAAGCUGAAUCAAAUUGCUCAUCUGUCUCUACCAGGGCUAAGAGAAGGCCACCUAGGCGUGCUUCACGUUUAAUCAGUAGAAGUCAAAAGUCUGGUUUGAUAUCCGAAUCUAUUUCUGAUCAUUCUGAGGCUGAAUCACACUGUUCUUCAAUCUCAGGGGUUCAUUGUAUUGGCACAAAAUCUGCAAAAAAGACUUCAGUAAAAUAUCCAGCUUCACCUAUUGUGGAAUACCAGCAAAAAGAAAUAUCUGACAAUGAAUCCUGUAGCUCUGGUUACACUUUAAAACCUAUUCCCAAACGCUCGAGCAGGAGAAUAGAAUGUCAGUUACAAUCGGGUGUGACUGUGUCGGGAGAUUUGACUACUGUGGCUCAACAAAAUAUUUUAUCCUCUCCCCGAAGGAGUUCACGAAAUCAGUCAGUAAACCAGAAAAAUAAUAAAGUAGUUUCUGUAAGCGAAUCUCAGAGUAAGGAAGUCUCUGACAAGUAUGAGUGUGUCAAUGAAACCAACAGAGAUCGUAAUCAAGAACAUGAGACAAUCAAAAAACAGAUGUCUUAUUUACAUAAUCUAACUGCGUCGGAAGAUUUGUCUACUGUGACACAGCAGAUUUUAUCAUCUCCACGUAGGAGUUUAAGAAAUCAGCCAGUACACCAGAAAGAUGAUGGUAAAGCAUUUUCUGCCAAUGAAUCUCCAAGUAAGGAAGUCUCAGACAAGGUUUCAGGUGAGGAGGAGUGUGUCACUAAAAACAGCAGAGAUAGUAGUCCAGAACAAGAGACAUUGAAAAAACAGAAGCCUAGUUUAGUUGGAGUAACCGUGUCAGGAGAAUUAUCUCCUAGGGCAAGGCGCAAUAUUGUAUCCCCUCCUCGUGGGAGUUUGCAAAAUUAUUCAGUAAGUCAGAGUGAUGUUGUUACAGAGGCUUCUGUCAGUGACUCUCCAAGUAAAGGAAACUUAAACAAGGUUUCAGCCAUAGAACAGCCAGAAGAAAAUGACAUGCCAAUAAGAGAAGAGGUGGUUGAAUUGCCUGUUGAAGUUAAGGCUGCUUCAGUUACAAAGUUGUGCGUCUCCCAGCCAACAGAAAAAGAAAAUGUCCGAGACCAAAUUAUUGACCUUACAGAAGAUUUAGUAGAUGAGGAGCAAAUUCAAAGCAUAGAUGAUGAUGAUGACGACGACGACACAGACAAUGUGACAAAAAAUAAAGAUAUAUUUUUGAAUCUUGAUAGUAACAGUGAGACUGGAGAGGAUGAAAGAAUAGAGGAGGACAGCGAAAUGGGGGAUGGAGAGGUGAUAGAGAUUGAGGCGAAAGAGAACAACACACCACUUGUAAAAAAAGGACAUCUCCAAAAGGCAUCCACACAGCCAUUACCAGAUGUAGUGGAAGAUGGGCUUUUUGUCAUUGAUAAAGCUCCUGGCUUGGACUCCAGUAAAAAAUAUUAUGUGGAUCCAAAGGAAGGUCACCUAGAAGUAGAGAACGAGGAAAGUGAAAAUGAAAAUCUGUCGGAAAUAGAUGAUGAUGAUGAUUUUAUUGAUGAGGAUGAAGAUGAGUUAUUAAAUCGACCCAAAAGAGGCUUUGUUUUGUCAACCAGUAUAGAUACGGGAAUUAACAUAAAGAAAAUGGGAGGACUAUAUAUAAAUUUUGAUGCAGAAAAGCCAAAUCCUGGCCCAAGCUUUCUUGAUAAACUGAAGAAAGAAAGUAAAAAGAAAGAUGAGCUCCUCCAGAAAAGCAUCAUUACUCCUGACUUUGAAAAGAAAGAAACUGUCCCACCAUACACAGAGAGUCUGAACAAGUUUAAAAAACAGCGCAAGGAAGAACGGGAGAAAACAACUGGAUGUGGCUGGUUUGACAUGAAAGCUCCAGAAAUGACAGCAGAACUAAAGAAUGAUCUUAAGGCCUUGAAAAUGAGAUCAGCCAUGGACCCAAAACACUUUUAUAAAAAGAAUGACCGAGAUGGCUUUCCCAAAUACUUCCAGGUUGGCACGGUGGUGGACAACCCUGUAGACUACUACCAUUCCCGAAUUCCCAAGAAGCAGAGAAAGCGGACAAUUGUGGAAGAACUUCUUGCAGAUUCCGAGUUUAGAAGAUACAAUAAAAAGAAGUACCAGGAAAUCAUUGCCGAAAAGGCCGCCCGUGCAGAAGGCAAAAAGAAACGCAAAAAGAAGAAAUUUCACACAUAAAUAUAUCGAUGAUAGUUUCCUGACUUCUGCAUUAUGGUGGACUCUUGUCUAUGCGCUGAGUGACUGACUGUGCGGAGUGCUAUUGUAUUAUAAUCUGCUGGCUGAGAGCAUCUACCGCUUCACCAAAUCGUCAGAAAACCGAUAUUAAGCCUAAUUUUUGUCAGGAGUCCUACAUACCGGCAUAUAGCAAAUAUAUUUUUAAUUAAGAGAUCAAGGGCUAAAUGGGUAAAAUUAAGCUUCAGACGAACUUAAAAAAUUGUAUGAUUUGAGUAUAUGGCCUUAAAUAGGUCUAAAACCCGUUUAUUUACUUGUGUGGAUAUGUUCCUGAUUGUGACUUGCUUUAUUAAGCUUGUCAGAGGCAAACACGUCCCCUGGUUUUAAUGACUCCAUGAAAGCCACUGCAAUACAUCCUAAUACAGUACUAUCUUUGGACCCAUGUCCAUUGAGGCAUGCUCUCAGAACAGAUAGUUACAAAAUUAUCUUUAUCAUCAAUGUCAAGGUAUCGAGACUAAUCAUACGGAAAUAAAUUUAUAUUUGACUACCUGUU